CACCACACCGCCCACGAGGCUGUGCUGCAGACGUUUUUGGGCAUGAUCAUUCACUACAUGCAAAUGUUCGUGCUUUUGGUGGUGGUCCUGUUGAUGGCCUUCUGGCUCUGUGUCACGGCGAGCCUUGUGACGCAGCUCAAUGACCCCUUUUUGCCCAGGUGACAUGACCGCCGAGGAGCUCUUCAACAUGUUCUUCGGGGGCGGAUAUCCUGGGGGCAACGUGUACGUGCGCCGGGGAGGGCGAUGGGAGCGUGCUGGCCAUGGAGGGGGUGGCCCAAGGUACCACGGCCAGCAGGGGCACCACCACCAGGCAGCCCACUCGGAGCAGUCAAACCUAUCGGUGUUUCUGCAACUGAUGCCCCUCUUGCUCAUCCUGCUGCUGUCCUUGGCCUCGUCUCUGCUGUCAUCCGACCCCACCUACUCCCUCUCGCCCACCAGGUUAAUUGUCUUUGUUAUGAUGUACAAAUACUUCUUACAAGCAGAAGUCCACAUAGGUGUACCUGGGUGCUCAAAUGUGACGUACUUCUCAGGUGCUGAGCGAGUUUAUCAAGACAUGUCCAGCGUAGCACCUCAAACCUUGGUGUCCUACUAUGUGAAGCCUGACUUUUCAACCGACUACCAAGGGAGCAUUAGGCGGUUAGAGCAGCAUGUAGAGGAGGACUAUGUGUCUACUUCGAAAUGCUGCUUUAAAGAGAAGAAUUAUAAACACCUACAGAACCUUUCACCUCAACCGGUCUCCCAACAUCUAUCGUACUUCCGGUCUCCAACACUCGCCUCGCUCACCGUGCAGGAGGAAGCUCAACAACGAAGCUUCCGGCUCCACCAAGAUCAGCUGACGGGAUGCCAAGGAGACGCUGGUGAGGCUGGGUUGGGGAAUUUCUCGGUCUAUUGGAUGUGA